AUGUUUCAGCGUGAAUACUUACUCCCCCCCUCUGUGAGUGAACAAAACCAUUGGAAAAUCCCUAUUUUUUGCUCAAAAACCCACCCUCCGUGUGUGAACAAAAUUUUUUUAAUAACGUUUUAUGGAAAAAAUUUGGUAUAUAAGUGAUAAUUAGUGUAAUGAAAUCUCGAGCUAAUUCUGUUUAAUUUUAAACAAAUUGCGUUUUAAAAAAUAAAUUUUAUAAAUUAAAUUAAUAUUUGCUUUCCAAUUUUUAUAGAAGUGAGUUUUUUUGAAAAAAAAAUUUAUAUAAAAAAUUAACCCAUUCCAUGAGUGAACAAAAUUUUUUGGGGGGGAGUUAGAAGAUUCAGAUAGCUUUUCAGAUCCAGAAGAGCCAGGAACUCCUCCUUAUUAUCAACAGCCUGCUGAUUCGUUUAUGCCUGCUCAAAUCGAUAGAGAUUUUGAAUAUGAAGAAAAGCCUAACUCAUUCUAAUCAAUAAAAAAAAAUUGAUAAAUAAAUCAUAAUUUUUCUGUUAUAAUAGUUAUUAAUCAGAAUAUAGAUUAGGUAUCAAAACCUUCAGCCAGUCGAGCAAAGCCACUUUUACACCAACCCACCCCCACCUACCUAUUAUCCACCCCAGCCAAGCGAAUUUGUUACGAGCGGCUACGUCAUUGAUGGGAUGGGAGGACCAAAACAAACUUUCCAGCCUGUAAAAAAAGAAAAUAGCGAGAAAAUUGGCUUUGUCAACUACGAAGAGCCUGAACGACAAGAACCACGUCCUGAUACAAGCUCAGCAAGACCAGGCAGCAGCAAUGCCCAAAUGCGAGCGAAAAUGCUAGAAAUGCAACGAAACAAAUUAAUAAGCCGCGGAUCGUCUGGAACUACUCAAGUGCAAUCAAGCAAUAUGUUUAUGCCUGGUGUAAGCUCUAUGGUUGCCCAAGGGCUAGAGCAGCAAAGUGGGAUAGGAUCUUAUUUAUAUUCAAACCAAAUUUUUAAUGAAAAAGAUUUAUUUUUAUUGGCAAAGAAUAGGCAAGCUGAAUUUUACAGGUUUUUUUAUUUUUUAAUAAAAUUAGAGACAGUUUUUUGCAGUUUUAUGAUAAUUUUAUAUUAGAAAUUAUAAACGCCAAUCGAGACUUAAGAGGAUUUACUGCACCUAAAAAUUUCGCAUAUGAGCCUGGCCCUAUAAAAGCUAAACAAACUGAUAAUUUGCCGGCACCUAUAAAGGCUGAUAGGACUGUGUUUAAAGCUGACGAUGAGCUUGAAGAAGUAAAACUUGAUGAAGGGUCAAGACAUACACCAAGUAAAACGCUACAAGGAAUCCACAAACAGCUAGAAGAGUCCAAAAAUCCGCCUCCAGCGCCAUAUGAGAGGCCAAAUGACGGUCAAUUUACUCAGCCUGAUACUCGGGCUACAACCGCAACUGAAAAGUUUGUCCCAGCUGAGCCAAAAUAUGUCCCUUUUGAUGCAGCAAAGCCUGUUAGCAUUUCUGAGCAAGCUAUUCCUCAGGCACCUAAACAGCCAGUUCAAGAAACCCAGCCUGAUCGCUACCAAAAUGAAAGGACACCUACAAAUGAGCCAAAUAGACAACGGCAGUCAAUAGACGACAAACCGCCUCAAAGAGAAGAACAGCGCCCUGCUCAAAUAGAAAAACCAACCCCAGAUGGCAAUCGUCAGCCAGAAGGCAAGCGUCAAGAUGAACGACAAGAGCCUCCAGCGCCUACUCACCCUCUUAACAGACCUGACUCAGCCCGCCAACAACAAAUCCCUCGACAGCCAAACAUAAAUGUCCGUGAAGUCCUUGCCCAAGAAUAAUUAAUAUGGUGGUGGCGACGAAAUAUGUCCUGACGGAGGUCGCACCACUCUGGGCGCCAAAAUGGCUUUAUAGCCUAAACCAAGGUUCAGGCCCUUUAAUUCUAACCCUUAGCUUGCCUAGAGCGGCCGUAUGGGGUGGGUAAACCUUGGGAGUCAGCUGGUGGCCAUUCCAGUCCGAAGUGUUAAUUAUCCGGAUGGUUUUUGGCUACGGGUUCUUUCCCUACCGGUUCCGGAGGGCCGUAGUCUUUUUACCUGGCCGUCACCUGACCUCAGGGUGACCGACAGGAGGCAUUGGGCUAACCUUUGCCUCCAAAGCGGCCUAAUGACGUGGAGCACAGAGGAGUCUUUCUAACCCGUCGAUACUCAGGGUAGACUGUGCAAGCCCAGUUCCGAGAGAAGACAGACGUUCCACAGGUGCUGAUGGGCACCCUGGCAAGCAGGUGUCGGCUGUCGAAAGCGUGCGGAGGCAUCAAAUCUGGAAGACUUUAAGCCCCUUAAUCUUAAUCUUAAUCUUGCCCAAGAAAUGACUGAUAUGAAAAAAUUCCUGACAAAUCCAAUCCCUCGAGGAAUAAUGCUCCAAUGCAAUAUCAGACGAGAAAAAGCAGGCUUUGGAAGACUAUACCCGAAAUAUUAUUUGCAUAUAUCAGAUGGGAUGACCUUUUUGCUUGCAGGCAAAAAAAGAGGAGGAAACCGAACUUCAAAUUAUAUGAUAACCAGCAACCAAAAAGAAUUUUCAGUAAAAUCUCCAUCAUAUUUAUACUUUUUAUAUAAAAAUUGGUUAUUUUUAUAUAAAAAAAUAUAACUGAUUUUUGUAGUACAAAUUAAUAAUAAAAUGAUAUAGGAAAAGUCCGCUCAAAUUUCAUUGGAACUGAAUUCCACCUGUUUGACACUGGCAUUAAUCCUAAACAUAAAGGAGCAAACCCUAUGAACGCUAGAGAAGAACUAGGAAUUGUUUUAUAUGUAAAUGAUAUUUAGCAAUCAAAUAUUCUUGGUUCCAAAGGACCUAGAAAAAUGAGAGUUUUAAUACCAGCUGUAAAUAACGCUGGGGAUCACUAUGUGUGGAAACCUAUGAAUGUAAUUUUUAUAGCAGAAAGAUGACGGCAUGCUUAAACAAUAUAACGCAGGAAACACCUCAGGGAUGUUUUGCUUCUUUAAUAAGCCUCCAAAAUGGAAUGAACGUAAUUGAUAAGUAGAUGUCCAAGCAUUUGUGUUAAAUUUCAAUGGAAGAGUUGAUAACUAAUUUUACAUUUAAUUGUCUGGUAAGAAAAAAAGCCUAUGUUUUUGUAGAUAAUAUAAGGGAAAAUACUAUAGAGCAUCAGUAAAAAAUUUCCAGCUUAUUGAUGACAGAGACGAAAAUAAAGUUUAUAUGCAAUUUGGAAGGGUUGGGGACCAAAACUUUAACAUGGACUUCCAAUGGCCUUUUUCACCGCUACAAGCUUUUGGGGUUGCACUUUCCAGCUUCGAUUAUAAGUUUGCGUGUGAGUAA